UUAAGCAACUGACAGUUACCUAGUUAGACUAAGAGCCUUCUGAAAAUUAUUACAAUUUUCAUUCUAUCCUGUGUUCUAAAAAAGUGGAAGCAUUUCUGUGAAGAUGACUGCAGCCCUUGAGAUAGCAGGAUUCUUUAUGGGUGUUGCAGGUGGUGUUUUAUGGGCAGUUAUUCUACCUAACCCCUACUGGAAGGUUUCUUCUGUAGAUGGAAAUGUGAUCACCACUUCCACAUUGUAUGAGAACUUGUGGCAGAGUUGUGCAAUGGAUUCCACUGGUGUUUCAAAUUGCAGAGAGUUCCCUUCUAUGCUGGCACUUUCAGGUUACAUCCAGGCAUGUCGAGCUCUACUUAUUACAGCCAUAUUACUGGGAUUUUUUGGAAUAGUGGUUAGCAUGAUUGGACUGAAAUGUACAACAGUUGCUGGUGACGACCCUGUUACAAAGGGAAAAAUUGCUACAGUGGGAGGAAUUUUGUUUAUCCUGGCAGGUAUAUGUACAUUGAUUGCAGUGACUUGGUAUGCUGUCAACAUCACCCGGGAAUUCUUUGAUCCUCUCUAUGCUGGAACCAAAUAUGAGAUUGGUCCAGCACUGUACAUGGGUUGGGCUGGAAGCAUGCUCGCUAUUAUUGGAGGUAUCUGUUUAUGCUGUUCCUGCAGAACUGGUGAAGUAAAACUCCAGAGUUAUAACUACAGCUACAAACCAAGAAAGAGUACAGCGGCAGCUUCAGCACGUCCCAGCACCCUGAAAAUACAUGAUGGGGACAUCAACACUAGCUAUGACAAGAAUGCCUAUGUCUAACAGCACAUCUGAAUUUUACUGUCCUUUAAUAAAACAAAACUCCAAGUGCUCAUAGGAGAUUGGUAUUCAUCUGAACUACUGCAUCUGUAGUAGGGAGAAAAAAGUGGUUGCUAUAGAAUGCAUUAACUAUGUAGAGCUAGGUUACUUUGAGAAUGUUAUGUUCAUUUGUGUAAAUACUGUUUUUAUUAAAAAUAGAUGUAUUGCUCUCUCUCUCUCUCUUUCUCUCUCUCUCUCUAUAUAUAU